UGUGAGUCGCCGAGCAGCCGAGGUUACGGUGAGGAGGUGGGUACCGCGGCUUCUCACCGCUCCUGGAGCCGACGGCCCCCGUCCGCCGAGCCGCGCACGGCAUGAGCCACACCCGCUGUACCGGGAAGAGAACUAACAUGCUCCCGGAGAUUGCCGCCGCCGUGGGCUUCCUCUCCAGCCUCCUGCGGACCCGGGGCUGCGUGAGCGAGCAGCGGCUUCAGGUUUUCAGCAGGGCUCUCCAGGAGGCACUAACAGAGCACUACAAACACCAUUGGUUUCCUGAAAAGCCGGCCAAGGGCUCUGGCUACCGCUGCAUCCGCAUCAACCACAAGAUGGACCCCAUCAUCAGCAAGGUGGCCAGCCAGAUCGGACUGAGCCAGCCCCAGCUGUACCAGCUGCUGCCCAGCGAGCUCACCCUGUGGGUGGACCCCUAUGAGGUGUCCUACCGCAUCGGGGAGGAUGGCUCCAUCUGCAUCCUGUACGAGGACGCCCCAGUGGCCGCCUCCUGUGGGCUCCUCACCUGCAAGAACCAAGUGAUGCUGGGCAGGAGCAGCCCGUCAAAGAACUACAUGAUGGCCGUCUCCAGUUAGAUCCCCCGCCACCCCUGUCUGGCAUUCUACUGUACUCAUUCUUCUGUGACAACAGGACACUGCAUACCUCAAGCUGGGGAACUGUAUUUUAAAUGAAAAGCUAUUUAUAUAUAUGUGUGU